AUGGUUGGUAGACAAGUAAAGAUCUCAUUAAGUAGUUGCAACCAUAAUGCAUUUGCUGAUGAUGUAUUAGUGGUUACAAGAAUAAACAUGAAGGAUAGUGGUAAACAAUCUCUUCUCUGUAAUGGUCAAAAACCUGAUGGCUCAACAUAUAUCAUAAUGUUCACAGAUAUCUAUGAUGUAGUAAAACCCAAAG